GCGUCGUUUGAAUCCAGUCCACGGUCUAUCCUGUCCAUCUGCACUGCUCGCUGGGCCUGAAGCAGCGGAACUCCUUUUCCCAGCAGGCAAAGCUGUGGGAGGGCUGGUCCAUGUCCUGACAUGACAGUGAGAAACUGACAGGCAGACAGGCGGGCAGACGUGCCUUUGGGUGACGGCCCCAGCAGAAGCAAUCCCACCAACCGGUCCCAAAACAUCCCAGUGAGAGAGGAAAUGCUGUAACCAUAUUCUUAGUAAAGAACCAAGCAUCCCUGCCUUGUUGUGUGAUCCAUGCAGCGGCGCCGGAUGUGAGGAAAUAUCCAGGAAAUGUACUUCAGUUGAUCCAAACUGCCUUUGGACAGAGUAUAGACCGCCUAAGCUAGUUAUUUCCUCCGGUUUCUCUAGUUUUUAUGCUAUGCUAAGCUAAUAGCUGUAACUUCAUCAUUACCAUCCCUCAGUGAAAAAGCAGCAGGGGCCCACAACACAUUUUUACCAUCCACAAAUAUAUGCAUUAAAUAUCAAGUUUGGUGGCAAAAAAAUAGAUGUCUGGACCAGAGGCCCUGACAUGUCGAUUAUUCAUAUUAGACAUUUUUCGAAACAGUCCAACGAGAUUGCACAGGGCAUUGUGGGACAUGUAGUGUAGGCUACAGAAUGCAUGUGCGAUUUAACCAGCUGCAGUCGUGCAUGGGCCACAGACUGUAUAUUUAUUUAUUAAUAUUUAGGGUCUAUGGCCUGUGCAGACCUGUAGCGUGCUCGGUGUUCCCCUCAACUCUGUCGUCACGACCUCAGUCACGACUAGUGUGCGUGUAGAUGCCAUGAUCAUGUUUCUCCUCCUCCUCCUCCUCCUCCUUCUUCUCCUCUUCCUCCUCCAUCAGAGGUUCCCCUUUACAUGCAACGGCAAUGCACUAAAAACACAGUCCUCCGUGCAGUGCGCUUUUUCCAGCCCUUGAAGUACUGUGCAGCACCAUGCAGGCGGCGGGCACCGGAGCAGCUGACAGCGACGCUGCUGGAAACAGCGGCGGCGGCGCCGCAGACGUCGACGACAGCGACGGGGCAGGGGAGAGGAUGGAGAGGACGGUGCCAAGCGAGCAGCAGGACAGGACCAACAACCAGCAGCAGAAUAUGCCCUUAACGCCAUCCGGAGUGCUCGAUAAAUUGUUUGGGAAGCGCCUUCUGCAGGCCAGACACUACAUCAUGUCUCGUAAGUCCUGGCUGAAGAUGGUGCCCACCGAAAACUGUGAUAUCCUGAUGACAUUCCUAGAUACAAUAGAUGACCACACUCUGCUGUGGCUCCUGAAUCAGAUUCGUGUUGGAAUCCCACAAGUCAGCAUUCAGGUUCGACAGCACAAACACACCCAGGCACAAGCCUUCUUCAUCACGACAACAUUCGAGAACUUACUGCGGGGAGCCGAGCAGAUGGGCAUGCACAAGGCCGUCAAACCGCAGUUUGGCGGCGGGAUGCGGCGUUUCUCCUGUGAGGAAGACAACAUCUAUGAGAACAUAGAGAGCGAGCUCUGCUUCUUCACCUCACAGGAGCGUCAGUGCAUCAUAAAGUAUUGGCUGGACAAUCUGCGAGCCAAACAGGGGGAGGUGCUCCACAACAUUCACUUCCUGGAAGGCCAGCCAAUCAUUCCAGAGCUGCAAGCUCGGGGAGUGAUUCAUCAAAUGUUCCCUCUCCACGAGCAGAGGAUCCUCAACCAGCUGAUGACAUCCUGGGUCCAGGCUGUGUGUGAACGGCAGCCCCUGGAUGAUGUGUGUGACUACUUUGGAGUGAAGAUCGGCAUGUAUUUUGCCUGGCUGGGUUUCUACACUAACUCCAUGCUUUACCCUGCUGUCAUCGGCUUCCUCCUCUGGAUACUGGCAGAGGCCGACCAGACCAGUCAGGAUAUCUGCUGUGUGGUUUUUGCCCUCUUCAAUGUUGUGUGGGCGACAUUGUUCCUGGAGCGCUGGAAGAGGCGAGAGGCGGAGCUGGCCUACAGGUGGGGCACCCUGGACACCCCCGCCGAGUCCUUGGAGGAGCCCAGGCCACAGUUCAGGGGAGUGAAGCGCUGCAGUCCCAUAACGGGCUGCGAGGAGUUCUACUACCCGCCCUGGAAGAGGGCUCUGUUCAGAUGGCUGGUCAGCCUGCCCAUCUGCCUCCUCUGUCUCUGUUUUGUCUUCCUCGCCAUGCUCCUCUGCCUGGAACUGCAGGAAGUGGUGAUGGAGAUUAAGGAACUACCUGGUGUCACAAGAUUCAUUCCUAAAAUACUUCUGGCCAUCACUGUGACCAUUUGUGAUGAAGUCUAUAAGAAGAUUGCCUACUGGCUUAAUGACAUGGAGAACUACAGACUCCAGAGUGCCUAUGAGAAUAACCUCAUCAUCAAGAUGGUUUUUUUUGAAUUUAUCAAUUCUUACCUUAGCCUUUUCUACAUCGGGUUCUACCUCAAGGACAUGGAGCGACUUAAGGAGAUGCUAGCCACUCUACUGAUCUUCCGCCAGUUCCUACAGAACAUCAAAGAGGUCCUCCAGCCUUAUCUCUAUGAGCAAAACAAGCUGGGCGUCUUCACCCCCAAGGUGCUGUGGGAGCUCCUCCAAACCAUUGUACUAAAGUACGGCCGCCUGGCUCUGGGAAAGGCCCAAGCCUCAAUGACAGCCUAUUCCUUACUGGGUCCCAGAGGGAUCCCUGUCAGUCACGCUGCUAACGGCAACCCAGAGCAAAAGAGAAGAGGGGAUCUGAAAGCCGGAUUCAGGCUGACAGAAGAAGAGUGGGACAUGAAUGACGGCAAUCUGAAGCAACGUAAAGUCAGCUUCACCGAGAAGGUCGACUACCAGGACGUCGCGGCAGAAACCCAGGCGGCGGAUCGCAGCCACCUCGAGGACAGUCCCACAAUGGUAGAGGAAGGGAUGGACCCGUCCAGUAUUUUUGACAGUUGUGAUGAGGACAGUGAUUGUGAAUCUCUGGCUGAAGAAUCUGACGCUCUCUGUCAGAGAAGAAAGAACGCACCUGAGGGGAAUGAGCAUAAGAAGUCGUGGAUCGAGCCACCAGAAGAAACCAAAACCACCAUCCUGGCCCAGGCUGAGAUUGAGAGCUGUAUGCAGACAUACGAGGACACACUGCAGGACUACCAGGAAAUGUUCAUCCAGUUUGGCUACGUGGUGCUCUUCUCCUCUGCGUUUCCUCUGGCGGCCAUGUGUGCUCUUAUCAACAACAUCAUCGAGAUCCGCAGCGACGCCCUGAAGCUGUGUACCGGCCUGCAGAGACCCUUUGGACAGAGGGUGGAGAAUAUCGGACAAUGGCAGACUGCUAUGGAGGCCAUGGGCUUGAUAGCCAUUAUAGUGAACUGUUAUCUGAUUGGUCAGUGUGGGCAGCUCCAGCGUCUGUUCCCCUGGUUGAGUCCUGAGAUGACCAUCAUCUCCAUCGUCUUACUGGAGCACUUUGCAAUCCUCCUAAAGUACAUCAUCCAUGUUGCCAUCCCUGAUAUCCCUGGCUGGGUAGCAGAUGAGAUGGCCAAGCUAGAGUACCGACGAAGGGAAGCUUUCAAGAAGCAUGAGCAGCAGGCCCAGCAGCACUUCCAACAGCAGCUGAGGCGCCGGCGCGAGGACGAGGAGCUUCAGCGCCAGGCGGAGCUGCAGGCGGAGGCCCGCCAGGAGAGCGAGCACCGGGCAGACAGCCAGCACCAGCACCACCACGACAAAGCCCCGGGGAACAAGUCAGGGGACAAGCCCAAGAGACCCAGUUCCCUGCUCGGGAACAACAACGUGAUGAAGCUGAAGCAGAUCAUCCCUCUCCAAGGGAAGUCCCGCUCCUCACCAGCCCAGUCCCCAACGGGAGGUGAGGCAAAGCUGCCAGGGUUUCUGAAGUUCUUGAAGUCGCCUGAGGGGAAAAAAGAGCCAGCUGGCGCAGCCGGAGCGCCAGGCACAAUAGUGACCUCUAGCGUUCCCCCUGGUGGCUCGGAAAGGCCACAGUCCCCCAACAGGACAUUCAGUCCUGGGAAGCUGUUCAGUUUUAGCAAAUCAGAGGGAACUGUGGUGUGUGUGAACGGGACACAACCACCGCCCCAGCCUGCUAACGCUCAGCCCAACGGGGCGGACUCAAACACAACACUGGAGGAAUUACCCUCCAGUGAGUCAGAUAAAGGGCAAUCAAGACAAUCGAGUGAUUCGGAAAACUCAAAGAGUUAAUACGUAUUCAACCAUACCAAUGUAAUGUAAUGAAUGGAUAGCAAAGUGCACAGGCCGCGUUCAGAGACACACCUGUACCGUAGGAGAACUCAUUAGUCACAAGGGCACAUCCCUCUUGAUGCAACUUACUUCGCACUAGGGCUGCACAAUGUGACGAAAAUAUGUGAUAUGCGAUGAUGCUUUUGAAUAUCGCGAUAAUGAUAUUAAGCAGAUAUUAAAGUGCACUCUGUUCUGCAUUUCUGCUUCUUUCAGUAUACUGCUAAAAUACAACAAACGGCUGGUUGAAUUUAAAUCAAAUGAAAGGAAAUCUUGUCCAACAUGCUUUUGUUGAUCAAAUUGAAGAUUGAAUUGAAUUUAAAAGACGACCCUAAAAAACACUUUGAAAUGCAGUUUUUUUACCGAUAUAUAUAUAUAUAUAUUAUUUUUUUUGUCAUUUGCGAUGUUGCAGCCUUUUGCAAUGUUUAUUGCACGCGUUGAUAUCGCAAUGUUUAAAAAACAAAGCUAUAUUGUGCAGCCCUACUUUGCAAACCCCUACUUCGCACAAAGUAUUAUACUGUAUUAACACUUGAUUAUCUAGCUUCCAUGUAAAAUAUGUACAGUAAGUGUAAGUCCUUUAAUGGGGCUUGAGUGAUCUUAACUUAAAGGACAAAUACGGCGCAAAAUGAACCUAGGGGUUAAUAACACAUGGGGACCGAGUCAACCGUUCUCUGGGAUAUGUUUUCAUGCUAAUCGAAUGUGUGUCUAGCUAGCGCAAACCGCUGAUUAGCUUACAACGCUAGUUGUCGGGGCACUGGUGAAGUGAAAAGAAAUCACUAUUU